AUGAACCGGCAAACCUACAGCAUGCGAGUGGGAGGGGGAGGCAGAUCUUACAGCGCUGCCUCGGCUAUUAUUCCAAGCAGCAACAGGGCUGGCUUUAGUUCGAUGUCUGUGGCACGAGCUGGAGGAGGUGGAGGUGGUUUUGGAAGGCUCGUUGGAGGAGGUGGUGGCAGCGGUGCUGGUUUUGGCAGCAGGAGCCUCUACAACCUUGGUGGUAGCAAGAGGAUAUCCAUUGGUGUUGGAAGCAGCUUCCGUGCUGCUUUUGGGAGUGGAGCUGGUGGUGGCUCUGGCCUGGGAGGUGGUGGUGGUGGCAGCAGCUGUGGACUUGGUGGUAGUGGAGCUGGUGGCGGUCUUGGACUUGGUGUUGGUGGUGGAUAUGGCUUUGGUGGAGGUGCUGGUGGGCUAGGCUUUGGUGGUGGACUGGGAGGUGGCGGAGGGUUUGGCUUUGGUGGAGUAGGGGGACUGGGAGGAUUCAGUGGAGGGCUGGGUAGUGGCAGGAACCCAAUGGGAUUUGGUGGUGGCCCACCUGGAGCUGGUACAAUCCAAGAAGUGACUGUCAACCAGAGUCUCCUGGCACCGCUGAACCUGGAGAUAGAUCCAAACAUUCAUCAGGUGCGAAAAGAUGAGAAGGAGCAAAUCAAGACCCUCAACAACAAGUUUGCAUCUUUCAUUGACAAGGUUCGCUUCCUGGAGCAGCAGAACAAGGUCCUUGAGACCAAAUGGACCCUCCUGCAGGACCAGGGCCAAAAAAACAACUCAGGCAAAAACAACCUGGACCCCCUCUUUGAGGCCUACAUCAACAACUUGAAACGGCAGCUGGCCAACCUGCUCAACGAGAGAGGACGCAUGGACGGGGAGCUGAAGAACAUGCAAGACCUCGUGGAGGAUUUCAAGAACAAAUAUGAAGAGGAAAUCAAUCGACGCACAGCAGCCGAGAAUGAAUUUGUGGUGCUGAAGAAGGACGUGGAUGCUGCUUACAUGAAUAAGGUGGAGCUGGAGGCCAAGGUGGAUGCCCUGACCGAUGAACUCAGCUUCCUCCGAACCCUCUAUGAUGCGGAGCUGGCUCAGCUCAGUGCACAAGUGUCUGACACUGCUGUCAUUCUGUCCAUGGACAACAACCGGGACCUGGACCUCAGCAGCAUCAUCUCUGAAGUCAAAGCUCAGUACGAGGACAUCGCCAACAGGAGCCGGGCCGAGGCAGAGGCCUGGUACCAAACCAAGUUUGAGGAGCUGCAGGCCACGGCUGGGAAGCACGGGGACGACCUGCGCAACACGAAGGGGGAAAUCUCUGAGCUCAACCGGCUGAUCCAGAGGAUUCGGUCAGAGAUAGAGAACACCAGGAACCAGUGUGCCACCCUGCAGACAGCCAUCGGAGACUCGGAGGAGCGUGGGGAGCUGGCCCUCAAAGAUGCCAAGGCAAAGAUGGUUGACCUGGAAGAUGCUCUGCAGAAAGCCAAAGCUGACAUGGCCCGGCAGCUCCGUGAGUACCAGGAGCUGAUGAAUGUCAAGCUGGCCCUGGACAUUGAGAUUGCAACAUACAGGAAGCUGCUGGAGGGAGAGGAGAGCAGGCUGAGUGGAGAGGGAUUGACCCCCAUCAGCUACUCUGUCAUCAGCUCCAGCUCUGGCAUGGCUGGUGGAGCUGGGUUAGGAGGAGGAUUUGGCGGACUGAGCCUAAGCGGAGGAGGUGGUGGAAGCAGUUUCAGCCUUGGAGGAGGAAGUGGAAGCGGUUUUGGUCUUGGAGGCGGAGGCAGUGGUGGAGGCUACAGCUUUGGAAGUGGUUUUGGUCUUGGAGGUGGUGGCGGUGGUGGAGGCUACGGCUUUGGGAGCGGAGGAGGACUUGGACUCGGAGGUGGCGUUGGAGGCAGCUUUGGAGGAGGUGCUGGUCUAAGCGCUGCAAGCGGCCUUGGCUACGGAGGCGGCAGUGGUCUGAGCACCACUGGAGGGAGUUUCAGCUCUGGAAGUGCAAAAGGUGCCAACCCAGGCGUGAAAAUUGUCUCCAAAACCUCCUCCAGCAAAAAGAGCAUAAAAAGCCAAAGCCUGAAGAACGCGACACAGCCCGAGUAA